UCGUUUUCCCACCCCCUCCUUGGAAGGCUAAAACCUCAUUCUCCCUCCGCUCUCCCAACCCAUUCGCAGACGAGAGCAUGGCCGCCUCCGAACCAGAGCAAGCCAAGCUCCAUCGCUUCAUCCAAUGGCUUCAGGCGAAUGGCGUGGACCUGCGAGGCAGUAGCAUCCGACACUGUGGCCCCAACAAAGGCUUCGGCGUUUUCGCCACCGCCCAGCCCGCCGGAAACCAUGGCAACGGUGUUGUUAUGGUGGUCCCGCUCGAUCUGGCCAUUACUCCGAUGAGAGUCCUCCAAGACCCCGCCUUUGGGACCAGAUGCAGGGCCUUGUUCGAGGAGGGGGACGUCGACGACCGCUUCCUUGUGAUGAUUUACUUGAUGGUGGAGCGCCUACGGCCGAACUCACUUUGGAAGCCGUACUUGGACAUGCUUCCGAGCACCUUUGGGAGUACACUGUGGUUCACAGAAGUUGAGCUUUCUGAGUUGAAAGGAACAACAUUAUACCAAGCUACUGUGAUACAGAGGAAAAAACUUCAAGCUUUAUAUGAUGAUAAGGUGAAGGGACUGGUGGAGGAGCUUCUACACUGUGAUGGGGAGUUGGAAAGUGUGACUGAAGUGCGAUUUGAAGAUUUCCUCUGGGCGAACUCUAUAUUUUGGACUCGAGCCUUAAACAUUCCAUUUCCUCAUUCUUUUGUAUUUCCUGAUUCGCUAAGAGGGAAAGACAAUGAUGCCAUGUGCCAAGGUAGUGAAUGUGGAUAUCCUGUAACCCAAAACACUGGUGAAACAUCUGGUCAUGGGCACAGUGCAAAAAAAGAGGAUGCUAAUAUCAUAGUGGAGAAAAGAAAUGAUGAAGCUUUAAAAACACAAAGUGAAGAGACUAUCUGGGUUGAAGGUCUUGUUCCUGGAAUUGAUUUCUGUAACCAUGGUUUGAAGGCUGUGGCAACAUGGGAGGUUGAUCCAACAGGAAAAGUAACUGGAAUUCCUGCCUCAAUGUACCUCAUGAUUGUUGAUCAAAGGACUGGUGAAGUUGGGAAAGAGAUACAUAUUAGCUACGGUAACAAAGGAAAUGAGGAAUUGUUGUACCUUUAUGGGUUCGUCAUUGAAAAUAAUCCUGAUGAUUAUCUCAUGGUACACUAUCCUAUUGAAGCAUUGCAGAGUAUCCCGUUAUCUGAAAGCAAAGCAAGACUCCUUGAUAUGCAGAAAGCUGAAUUGAGGUGUCUUCUACCUAGAAAUUUGCUUGAUCAUGGCUUCUUUUCUGGAUCUCCUCUCCAAAAUGAAAAUAAUGGAGAAGGCCAUACAAGUUGGCUUUGCAAUUAUAGCUGGAGUGGUCAGCGCAAGGUUCCUUCUUAUUUAAAUAAGCUGGUUUUUCCUCAGGAGUUCAUGACAGCUUUACGGACCAUUGCUAUGAAAGAACAUGAGCUUGGCCUGGUUGCUUCAUUAAUAGAAGAGCUUGUCGGAUCUGGAACGGAAAGACAACCAUCUGAUGAAGAAGUUCAAGCAGCGAUAUGGGAAGCUUGUGGGGAUCUUGGAGCCUUAGAGUUACUCAUUGAUCUUCUUCGCGUCAAGAUGAUGGAACUUGAAGAGAGUUCUGGAACAGAGGCUUCCGACAUGGAACUUCUUAAGAGGAUCCAUUUUGAAGUUGAAGACAGUGAGAGCAGAAACAACAAAAACAGCGGAGAUAAGUUGAUGAAUAGAAAUCAGUGGUCUAGUAUAGUUUACAGAAAAGGGCAGAAACAACUAACUAGCCUAUUCUUGAGAGAAGCAGAACAUGCUCUGGAGCUGUGUGCAAGUGAACAGUCAUAAACUAUGCUUUAGACUGGGAUGCAGCAUUGUGCAAUUAUCAGUCUGCACAAAUUUGUAGGUACUUCUGCCCAGAGAAUUUGGCCUUGGCUAGCCCGAGAAGUGCAAGAGCAAGUGCAGAGCGAAUGGAUGCCCCAAGGAACUUGGUGGAAUCAUCCCGUGUGAAUGGAAUGAGAACAACAAAGGAGAGGAGGGGAACACUGCCAAACAAGAUGAAGGCAGCAAAGGUAAUCAACCCACUCUUCCAUGGCUUCUCGGACUAACAGGGCGGCAGCACUCCUUUCUGGGCAGUCAUCUUCUCAUCCACCAGUAUGUCUUUGUAUUUCGAGAACAUAUUUACCACCUGUAUUCGCCAACCAAAAUUUGCAUGGCAACAAGAUGGAAGCCUGAGGUACAAACUACUGAAGUUUGAUGAGUGACGCUGAGCCUUUUUCUUUGUUCUUUUCAUGGAUGGUUGUAAUGCUUGUACUUAAAAAUAAAUAAAUAAAUGAUAAAACAACCAUCACCACCACCUGCUCAUCCAAAAAAAAAUAUGAUUGUGUUUAAAUUAUUGUAUGAUAUACAAGUUUUUUUGGCUCGGA